GUCUCAUGCCAUUAUAAAUGAUACCAACUGUUGCAUUUAUUGUGUGUCAUGUUAUGUAUAUAAAUAUAUUUAAUAUACAUGUAUUAUUAAAUAAAUCUAUGUAUUUAUAUAGAUAAAUUUAAUUUUUAAUGAAAUAUAAGAGGAAGGAGAUAAAGUAAAAAAUUAUUAUUAUUUACAUCAUAUAUUUAAAGACCAAAUUAAUUAUAUAAAAUAUGAAUGAUUUAAAAGAAAUUAAGAGAUAUUUAGAAGAAAAUGAAGAUAUAAACCUACUGUGUACUUCUUGUGAGAAGAGUUCAGCAAAAAUAAUAUCAAUUUGCGAAGAUUGUAAAGAACUGUUAUGUUUUAAUUGUCAUUAUGCUCAUAAGAGCACACUUAAUUUGAAAAAUCAUGCAAUUAUAUUUUUAAACAACACUACAGUAUUUGAAUUCGACGAUACUGAAUAUAAAAAAAGAUUAAAUGAACUGGAGAGUGAGUAUGAAAAAGAAAAAAUCGAAAUUGAUGCAAUGUAUCAUAAAUCUAAAAAUGAUUUAAAAGAACGUAGAGACAAACUUUUGAGAGAAUGCAUCGAAUUUUAUGAAACACAAAAGGAUGAGAUGAAAGCCAUUUAUGAAGACGCCAAGAUGAAUUUAAUAAAAAAGAUUCGCGAGGUAUAUAAAGAUUUAUUAGACUCAGAACAUCAUGACUUAAUAUCAAAUGUUUCUAAUAAUGAUCAAAAAUCAUUAUCGAUACAAGUAAUAACUAAUCUGAAGAAUUCAUCAAACGUUAAUGUCGAAUUGUCUAUUACUAAUGAUAGUAAUAAUAGAAGCCUAUUUGACGAACUAAUUAGUGAAUUGUAUGAAGAAUUAAAACAAGAAGAAAAUUUUGUGUUUGAUAUUGCAGAACGCUUUACUAAAUUGAGUAUUACAAGCUCAGAUCUUUAGCUAAUUAAUAAUUGCUGCACAAAAAAGUUUCUUUCAAUACUUUUAUUUUAUAAACUUUAUAUUUUAUAAGUGUGAAUGUAACUGACAAAUAAGAAUUUAUUAAUGAUCCUGAAGUUCGCUGACAUUGAACAAUUUUCGAUUUUUUUUUCACAAUUUAAUUAGAAAAAACAAAAUAUGCACAUGUAAAAAAUUUAAAAAACUAUAGAUGCAAUUUCUUGAAAUGUUUUUUUUUUUAUUUAUCAUUUUUUUAAAAAUGCAAAA